AUGCAGCCACCACUAGAGAAUGAAUCCAUUGUCUUAGUAUUUACACUCUCUGGACUAAAUGAAACGAUGGGAAACAGAUUUGUGUUUUUUUCUUUGACUGCAUUGUAUUAUCCAUUAAUUGUGUUGUGCAAUGUAACCAUAAUUUACACUGUAAUCUCGCAUAAGAGGCUUCAUGAGCCAAUGUAUGUCUUUAUAUGUAAUUUGUGUAUGAAUGGACUUUUUGGCACUGCUGGAUUCUACCCUAAAUUCAUGUAUGAUUUAUUAGCCCAGUAUCAUGUGAUUUCUUAUGCUGGAUGUCUGAUUCAGAUAUUUGUCAUUUAUUCAUCUGUUCUGUGUGACAUUUCAACAUUAACAGUGAUGGCAUAUGACAGGUAUGUGGCAAUAUGUAGACCACUAGAGUAUCAUUCAAUAAUGACCAAUCAGAGGGUUCUUGAAUGUAUCCUUUUCUGCUGGCUUUCUCCAUUUUUUUGCCUGUCUGUUCUAAUUGUAUUAACAUCAAGACUAAAAUUAUGUGGCUCUAGUAUUGAAAAGCUAUAUUGUGAAAAUUGGUCAGUUGUUAAACUUUCCUGUGUUUCUACAAUAGUAAAUAAUGUGAUUGGGUAUGUAAUCAUUAUUAUUUAUUUUGGACAUGCAGUACUGAUAUUUUGCUCAUACAUUCACUUGAUUGAAAAAUGCAGAAAGUCAAAAGAGGGUAGGCAUAAAUUCAUACAAACAUGUGUACCACAUCUUCUUGCACUGCUCAAUGUGACUGUUGCAUUGCUGUUUGACGUGCUGUACACUCGUUAUGGUUCAAAGAAUCUGCCGCAAGAUUUGCGUAAUUUCAUGGCCCUGGAAUUUUUACUCAUACCACCUAUUUUAAACCCCCUCAUUUAUGGACUAAAUCUGACAAGACUACGGAAGCAAGUCAUGAGAGUGUUUUUCAAAAAAGAAGUGGCAUUAUCUGAUUGA